CACGCUGUUUUCGGGAAGCUGCGUCCUGUCGCAACUCAGUUCGCAAGAAGCAGACAGAGAACGGAGAGCGACAGAGGGGAAAAGUGGCGAUACGCUCCGUAAAUAAUGAAGUCCGCCCGGCAGUUCGUUACGUUUUGCUUUUUCUUUAUUGUCUUCUUUUAAGUAACGCGUUUAAAACAAGCUCGACGUCAAUGUGAUCUUGUCCAACAUGUCUAAGAAAGCAAGUUGUUUCAAGGCGAGGAAGCCCCUAGACCCGAAUGACGUCCAUCAGUCCCAGGGCAUCCACCUCUACCUCUUCUGGACCAAAGAAGGGGAGAGAUAUUUGUCUCACACCAGUGGAGAUGUCACAGCGGAGGAGCUGUGCAUCCUUGCUGGUCGAACUGUAGGGAUAACGCCGCUGUGCCACGUCUUGUUUGCGUUGUACAACCCAAAAACAAAAUGCUGGUACAGUCCGAACCAUGUUUUCAGUUUAGAGCGGGACUCCGGUGAAGUGGUCCACUACUGCAUGAGGUUUUACUUUCGGAAUUGGCAUGGCCUGAAUGAAAAGGAGCCGACUGUGUCCCGCUACUCCCUGAAAUCUGGGACGGAUCAGGCAGGGUUGCCUCUUCUCGACAUCACAUCCUUGGAGUAUCUGUUUGCCCAGGCUAAGCACGAGUUUGUGAACAACGUGGAAGAGCCGCAGUCCGAGGAGGAGCAUAAUCGUUUCAAAAACGAGAGCUUGGGAAUGGCUGUGCUCCACCUGUCACACCUGGCGAUGCAGAAAGAGUGUACCUUACAGGAAGUUGCUGGAAAAAUUGGCUUCCAGAACUGCAUUCCAAGAACAUUUGCGGAGAGCAUUUCCAGAGACAACUUCCUGACUAAAAUCAGGAUCCGCCGUGUGUUUGCCGAGUUCGUGCGGACCUUCCAGCAGCACACCGUCGAUAAGGGGCAGCUGGGUCCCCACGAGGUCAUGUACAAGUACAUCUCCACCCUCGAGAACUUGGUUCCCAAUUUCGGAACAGAGACUUUCCCCGUAACUCACCUGGAACUGAGGGAUGACGCGGAAGAAAGGAACGCCUACUCCAGCGGCAACCAAAGCGGCGAUGUGUCGAAGGACGACUUUAGAGCUCCGGCUACACAUGAAAUAAUGGUGUCCGGCAUUAAGGGGAUUCAGUGGAGGAUGCUGAAAACGCAAAAGGCGGAGGAGAACUCUUACCACAAGAACGGCUACGUGAAUACGAAGACACCAAAACAGUCCGUGUCGAAUCCUCCUGAUAAGUGGACCUCCUUCUGUGAUUUCUGCGAAAUAAUUCACGUCGCCAUUACUGAGGCUAAUGUGUGCAUUAGCACUCAGAACAACCACUGCAUGGAGGUACAGAUGAACUCCAGCCAGGAGGCCCGUUCCUUCAUCUCCCUACUAGACGGGUACUACCGGCUGACUGCAGACGCCCACCACUAUCUUUGUCAUGAAGUGGCUCCCCCAAGGGUGGUGUUGAGUGAGGCAAAUCUGUUGCACGGCCCUAUGAAUGAUGACUUUGUGUUGCACAAGCUGAAAAAGGAGACGGGAGAGGAGGGAACCUUCCUCGUCCGCUGGAGUGCCCUCGAUUAUCACCGCAUCAUCCUUGCUGUGCUAAACAGAAACGAGAACGGUUCAAAAACCAGCCACAAGCAGUUUCGCAUCCAGCAGAAGGGCUCGGCGUUCUACAUGGAGGGCUGGGACAGAGAGUUUGCUACUGUGAAGGAGCUCACGGAUAGCCUCAAAACCUUUGUCCUCAAGUCUGGGACAGACAACUUUACUGUCAGAAAAUGCUGUUCACCGAGACAAGCAGAGAUCUCCAACCUGCUGGUGAAAAGGCAAGGUAUUGACCACCGCAACAGCUCUGACUGCCUUCCCCUGAAUCUGACAGAGCUUCGCUUUCACCAGAUCAAAGAUAAAGAGAUAAAACAGGAACAGCAUUUGGGCCGCGGCACAAGAACUAACAUUUACGCGGGACGUUUGUUAUUGCGGGACGAAGAAAUUGAGGAGUUUAACAACAACCUCUCCCAAAGCAACGGCAUCCGGGUGGUUCUCAAAAUCCUAGAGGAAACCCACAAGGAUAUUGCUCUUGCCUUUUUUGAAACCGCCAGCCUCAUGAGCCAGGUAUCUCACGCUCACCUGGUGUUUGUGCACGGCGUCUCUGUCAAAGGGUCUGAAAAUAUCAUGGUGGAGGAAUUUGUGGAGCAUGGCCCACUCGAUGUUUUUCUCCGCAAAGAAAAAGCAUCCGUCACCGCUCAGUGGAAAUUCAUUGUAGCCCUGCAGCUGGCGAGGGCUCUCAAUUAUCUUGAGACAAAACAGCUCGUUCAUGGAAACGUCUGUGCCAAGAACAUUCUGGUUGCGAGGCCAGGUUUCGAACCUGGCUCUUCCCCUUUUGUCAAGCUGAGCGAUCCUGGAAUUGCGCUGAACGUCCUCUCACGAGAAGAACGUCUGGAUCGGAUACCCUGGAUCGCUCCGGAGUGCAUUGACAGCGGCGCUCCUGUUGGCAGUGCUGCAGACCAGUGGAGUUUUGGUGUCACGUUGCUUGAAAUCUGCAACAAUGGGGAUCUUCCUAUGAGCAGCAGCACCUUGUCUGAGAAAGAGCGCUUUUACCAGCAGAAGGGUCGUCUGGCAGAGCCAUCGUCCGAGGAACUGGCUGGCUUCAUCAGCAUGUGUUUGACGUACGAGCCCGAUGAGAGGCCCACUUUCCUAACCAUCCUCCGGGAACUCACAAAACUCAUAAAGAAAAAUCCCGAUAUAUCCCCCAAGUACACUCUCCCUCCUACGGACCCCAGCGUGUUCCAGAAGCGCUAUCUGAAAAAGAUGAGAGAUUUAGGGGAGGGACACUUUGGAAAAGUCACUCUGUACAGGUAUGACCCGUCUAACGAUGGGACGGGAGAGUUUGUGGCAGUGAAAGCUUUGAAGCAGGAGACUGGAAAUGCACCUCAGGGCUGGAUGAAGGAGAUUGAAAUCCUGAAGUCUCUCUAUCACACCAACAUAGUGAAGUACAAGGGCUUAUGCACGGAAGCCGGGCGACAGGAGUUCCAGCUCAUAAUGGAAUACGUUCCUCUGGGGAGUCUGCGAGAGUAUCUUCCUAAAAAUAAAACCAAUGUGGCCCAUUGUCUCAUGUUUGCCCAGCAGAUCUGUCAGGGGAUGGACUACUUGCACUCAAAGCGCUACAUACAUCGAGAUCUUGCAGCUCGCAAUGUUUUGGUGGAAAACAACAGUUUGGUUAAGAUUGGAGACUUUGGCCUGACAAAGUACAUCCCAGAAGGCGAGAUCUACUAUCGGGUUCGUGAGGAUGGAGACAGCCCUGUCUACUGGUAUGCCAUCGAGUGCCUGAAGGAGCUCAAGUUCUCAUUCGCCUCUGACAUUUGGUCGUUUGGAGUUACACUGUAUGAGAUCCUGACACGCUGUGACCAUCGCCAGAGUCCUCCAACGAAAUUCAUUGAAAUGACUGGAGAGAGAGAAGAGAACAUGACUGUGAUGAAACUCAUAAGGCUAUUGGAGAGAAAUCAAAGGUUGCCUUGUCCCAGGGAUUGCCCGCAUGAGGUGAAGUUGUUGAUGGAUCAGUGUUGGGAUGCAGAUCCUGAUUCUCGGCCUACUUUCAGUAAACUCACCGAAAAGUUUGAGUCAGCACGAAGGAUGUUUGAUUGGUCGUUCACCCCCAACUUCCCCAUGUCUCAGAUUUGCUGAUUGGCCUCAGUGAAGAUCCACCCGAGGAGGUGGUGAUGCUCAAACUGUAGCCAGUUGUCUAACUUCAAAUGUACAUUUCUUUCCCCCCCUGUAUCUAUUUAUGCAGAAGUCUUCCUAGAUGUUUAAGAAUGUAAAGCACACAUAUAUGCUCCAAUGUGUGUUGGCAACACAAUUCAGAUUCAACCUUUUGUCCUUACAUAGUUAAACAACUUAGUGAAGGCUUUUAAUAAUUGUUAUGUUUUCGUUGGAGCUGUCAGGAAGUAAGGAAGGUUUCGAUGUGGGCCGGCGUUUCUGUUUUAUUUUUAUUUUCUGUACAUUUUUAGUGUUAUUAUCUCUGGUAUUAUUGAUACUUUUGCAUGUAAUAUUAUGAACAUAACUCAAAUCAAAUAAACCCUUUUACACCUUUGCUUUUAUUGAAGGCUAAACACA